AUGCGUCAAAGAAUUACCUUUUUCCAUAGAAACGAGCAUGGAAUAGAGCCAACAUCACUCGAAGUCGGGGAUCGCUCAAUAUCCGGUCCAGAUCUGGUAGUUGCUCGCGAACAUCGGGUCACUCUGGCCGUGGAGGAGCUUCCCGCUGAGCUUCAGGAACUGCUCCGGAGCUCAAACGAGCUUUACAUUCGAUGGAGUACUCCGCGAGCCCUCGAAUCCCUCGGCCCUUGGACUUCGAGGCUUCCGCCGGGGUUGCACGCUUUCUACACGCCUCAGAAGGGCGAGGUCCUCGAAUCAUUGAGGCUAUGCACCCAGCUUCGGACUGUGUUUGGAGAUAUAGAUUGUUCGUCCCCAGCUGAAUCCUUCACGACAUUACCCAACGACCGGUUCUCCCAUUCGACCGCUUACCAGUACUUCCACACCCUGAAAUCCCUGUCGAAUUUCACCACGUAUGUCGAACAGUAUGCUUGUGUUCCUAAAGAGAAAUGCAAAGAACGGGUGGAAGAACUUGCCAACGCCGUUUCGCUCGACCUGUCCUACGACGCGAUUUCGCAUGUAGUGAAGAUCACAGCCGUUUGGCCUGAAGCACACCAGACGCUAUCCAUAAAUUCCCACCCGGACCACAGAACGGAGGUUGGAAUUCUGACCCCGGACACACCUCCUCAUCUUGAGCCGCACGAGCUUGGUGUUACAGGUUUGCUUACUGUCUUGGGCGAGGACACGAAGCCGUCGCCGGUUCUGUUCUCUUUCCCAGCCCGACACAAGGAUACGGAAUCAAGCUUCUCAUCUACCUUCCUCAAACCCUGGGGUCUUCACCCCACGAUGCAGCUUCACAUCGAUUCAAGCAAGCCUCCAUCAGACGACGUACGCUGUUCAUUGCACGCUUAUCUGACUCUACCUCGAUUCAUCUUCGCUGACAAGUACCAACUUAACGACGAGCUGUUCUUGUCAUCAAAGAACCUGACAGCACUACGCUACAUGACCCAGCCUGUUGAUCUGGAAGCGCCAGAUUAUGCGAUGAAGCUAUGGGGCUCAAGUGUUCUUCUCGAACUGCAACCUCCAGCUGGGCAAGACGCCGAACCUUGGACGGCAGAGAUUCCGCUCCAUCUUCGAUACAUGUCCCCUGCUGCAGGCGGCUAUACCAACAUUGAUGUUCCGUCCCCGGCAGUCUUCUGGGCUUGCACGGCUGAGGAUGGUACCCAGUUCCCUAACAGUCCAUUUGACAGAGUGAACCUGGGAUACGACGGCUUGUUUGGACCUCGUACUUCGUUUUGGCAUGUUAAGCCAGCUCCUGAGGGUGACGGCAGCCUCAUGCACCAGAUUCGUGUUCCAGUUCUUGACCUGGACAUGUCGAAAUGGAUCAGCACUGGGACGUCUGCGGUGGUUCUCCUCGGUUUUGCAUUUGUUGUGUUCAAACUCUUAUCCGUGUAUCUCAAAACGGGGUAUGGUAGCCAGAAGUCAGCCAAGGAGACCCAGAAGAAGAAGCAGUAA